CCGCCCGCCGCCGCCUCAAGCUCAGUCCCGCUUCAGAUGGCGAAUGGUGUGCCCGGCCGCACGCCGACACCGCCGCACGCAUCGUACUUCGACCGAGCCGAGUAGAGGGCUCCGCGCGCGAGUGUUCCCUGCUCCUGCCAUGCACCCGCGCUGAGGCCACAACAUGCCGCGCGUUAAGCCAGCCUGCGUCCGCCGCGUCUCCAUCGGUGAAAGUUCCGGGUCGUGUUCAGAAGAUGACAUCCAUCAUGGUACGGACGAGGCGAGAGAUAGACCGGAGGCCCACAUGUGCCCAAGGUGUCAGGAACAGUUCGAGAGCUUGCACGAGUUCCUCUACCACAAACGCGUUUGCGAUGAAAAAGCAAUGCAGAUGGGUGAGGAAAGAAUGCACUCCGACCCCGAAGAAAUGGUUGUAUCCGGCGACGAGGAGAUGGACGGUCCCAAUAAACAAUUAGAUCAGGUGCGACGACAUCGACAAGAUGCCGAGAAUAACAACAGCCUCGAGGACGGCGAAGCGGAGGUACCGGAAGCGGACGUUCCGCCGGUCGGGCUACCUUUCCCAGUCGCCGGCCACGUCACACUCGAAGCCCUGCAAAACACUAAAGUCGCUGUAGCACAGUUUGCCGCGACGGCCUUGGCCAAUAACACUGACAAUGAAGCUGCAUUACAUGAACUGGCCGUUUUACAAAGCACACUUUUUACAUUACAACACCAACAAGUGUUUCAGUUACAACUUAUACGUCAACUUCAAAAUCAGCUUUCGCUUACACGACGAAAAGAAGACCACCAAUCAAGCCCACCGCCGAGCGAACCGGAGCCGGUUGCGCCUGUGCCUAUCGCUCGAUCACCGUCGCCGCCUCGUCCCCCAAGGGAGCCAACUCCUGCAGCACCCACUCCCCCCGCUAGUCAGAACCUACCCUCCACUCAUUCGCACCUAACACCAAAAUCGGAACCAAUCUCUGUUCCAAAAAUUCCAACCUCGUCUCCGUCAAUGAUGACACACCCGCCUUAUAGCUCCAUAUCUUCAUCGUUAGCUUCUACUAUCAUUACAAAUAACGAUCCGCCGCCGUCUCUCAAUGAACCUAACACACUGGAAAUGUUACAAAAAAGAGCGCAAGAAGUUUUAGACAAUGCAUCGCAAGGUUUGUUGGCAAAUAAUCUUGCUGACGAAUUAGCCUUCCGGAAAUCGGGCAAGAUGUCGCCAUACGACGGAAAAUCGGGAGGACGUAACGAACCAUUCUUCAAGCAUCGCUGUCGAUAUUGCGGAAAAGUUUUUGGAAGCGAUUCUGCCCUACAAAUUCACAUCAGAUCUCAUACAGGUGAACGACCUUUCAAAUGCAACGUAUGUGGAUCACGAUUUACUACCAAAGGAAAUUUAAAAGUGCAUUUUCAAAGACAUACCGCUAAGUUUCCACACGUGAAGAUGAAUCCCAAUCCUGUACCGGAGCAUUUGGACAAGUAUCAUCCACCUCUAUUAGCACAAUUGUCACCGGGACCCAUUCCCGGCAUGCCGCCCCACCCACUACAGUUUCCUCCGGGUGCACCGGCCCCUUUCCCGCCAAGCUUGCCACUAUAUAGACCAUCACAUCAUGAUUUACUUCCGCCUCGCCCACUUAGUGACAAACCUCUGCCUCCGCACCCACUCUUUGCAAUGCGGGAAGAACAAGAUGCUCCUGCAGAUCUUAGCAAACCAUCUGCACCGAGUCCCGCUCGAUCAGCGCAAGAUUUAUUUAAAUGUGAACCUCAAGAUGAGGAGAGUCAACGAGAUUCUAGUUUUGAAGAAGCUGACCGUGUGUCUCCGAAACGUGAACCCGAGGAAACUGAUUUGGCACAAGAAACGGAACAAGAUCGGUAUCCAUCGACCUCACCUUACGAUGACUGCAGCAUGGACUCAAAGUAUAGCAACGAAGAUCAAAUCGGCAGAGAGAGUCCGCAUGUGAAGCCGGACCCCGACCAACCGGAAAAUCUCUCAAGUUCGGAGAGUGGGCGGAGUGCGAGGACUUCUCCGCCGUCUCCAACGAUGUCUACGCCAUCAACGCCGCCGAGACUGCCGCAUCACUCGCCGCUGCCGUCACCGCCAACACCUCUCGCUGCGCUCGGUGCUCUCGGAGGAUCUCCCUUCAGCCCACUCGGACUCGCGUUUCCUCCCGCAGUGCGUGGCAAUACUACGUGUAGCAUCUGCUACAAGACAUUCGCCUGCAACUCUGCGCUCGAAAUACAUUACCGCAGCCACACUAAAGAACGUCCCUUCAAGUGCACCGUAUGUGAACGCGGAUUUUCCACUAAGAGCAGUGGCGGCGGUUGUCGGUGCGGUAGACGCACGCGGGCACCGCGCCCGCCGCACGCCACUGCUUUGGACUUGUGGAACGCCUUCGUCUAUCCGGGCAAUAUGAAGCAACACAUGCUAACGCACAAGAUCCGCGACAUGCCGCCCGGCUUCGAUAAGAAUGUCGUCGGGGCGCCCUCUAGCGAGGAUGGGCGGGAUCAGAGUCCAGAACGGCGGUCGCCCGAAAAACUGGACCUGAAACGCUCUCCGCCUGUACACGUGCCACCGCCUAUGAACCACACACCAUCCAUCGACAUGCCGCCUUUACCGAAACGGCCCAGUGUUCCUAGCGGACCGCCACAUCCACCACCGCAGCAGACAUCAUCCAAGCAUUUAUGCGGGGUGUGCCGCAAGAACUUCUCUUCGUCGUCAGCGUUACAAAUCCACAUGAGGACACACACCGGAGACAAGCCCUUUAGAUGUGCUGUCUGCCAGAAGGCAUUCACUACUAAAGGAAACCUCAAGGUGCACAUGGGCACUCACAUGUGGAGCGGCGGCGCUUCUCGUCGCGGUCGGCGAAUGUCUCUGGAGCUGCCCCCGCGGCCGCUGCACGAGCCCCACGACCUGCUGCGGCGACCGGACCUAUUCUACCCGUACCUGCCUGCGCCCUUCCUCAACGGCAUGCAGCAAAAGCUGAACGAAAUAUCAGUGAUACAACAGAACGCGGGUCAAAACGGCGUAGCUGGAAAAUUUCCAGGUCUACUGGGCUUCGGUCCUUUCGGCGCCGCUCGCCCUGGAGCGGCUUCUCCCCUGGAGAGACCGCCCUCACUAGAAGGCGGUGACGAGAGACAAGCGGCGAUGCGAGAGCUGGCCGAACGCGGACGCGAACUAGCCGAACGCAGUCGGCAAAUGCGCGAAGAGGGGGAGUACAGGUCGUCGAGCAGUCACGGGGCACACGCUCCCCCGGUGGCGCAGACCUCGCCCCCCGCGCCGCACCACCCUCACCCCCUCGCCUCGCUGCCGCCGCCGGCGCGCACCGAAGGUCUUACGGUUUAAACGAACUCGAAACUCAAAAUCCCGACUACAUUCCAAAAUAAAUGACGAGCCGGUCUCUUGGAGGACCCUGUUUCUUGAAACGAACUGAUCGGCACUCACCGUUUCGAACCGAACGAACUUCGGUCGGGGCGGCGUCUUGUGUAAAUUGUACAAAGAAUAUAGAGCAACAAUUGAUUGCGAAACGGACUGAUGACUCGCUGCCGAGAGCGUGUUUUAGCAUAAUUUACGUGCUGAGUGUAGCGCUAUAUAACUUUGUUAUUCCAUGUGUUAUUAAGCCUAGAAUUAGUUUAACUUUACGCACGAGUACGGGCCUGGGGCAAUCGGGGCUCCUCGCGGGCUCCAAGUUUAUGUCAUGACUCUGUGAUAGUACACAUUAGAGGAUGUGUCUCGCUGACCGGAAGACGCGUAGCAAGACCACUACCGGAAUUCGUCAUCCGCUAAACUCGAAUGUGCUACAUCAAAACAUAUAAAUUAUCCCAAAAAUUUAUUUCAUAAAGCUAUAUAUUUUAAACUUACGUGUAAAUAAUUUUGUAUUAUAGCGUUUAGUAGAGAAUGAAUGAAACUAUAAAGUGAAUUUAAAUACUUAUUAUAUUAGAAUACUAAUGUACAAACACAACUGGAGUGCAAUAUGCAUGAUUUUGUCUUUUAUCCACAUUCCAAAUAUACGUCCUGAAUAAUAUUGACGUCAUAAAUUAUCUAACUUUUCCUUACAUGUCAAUCAGAACAGACAUUUUUCCUGUGUAAUAAUCAAUGCCUAUUUAUAAUGCAAAAUACCAUUAGAGUGAAAUAUAUCAAUUUUACCAAACGAUUUGUGUAGAUGUCUUUUGUAAUAGUAACAGAGGUUAAUGACAUAACAUUCAUAUCAUGUAAAUUAAAGUAUUUGCAUUUGAGGUCUACAUAGUUUAUAAGUAUUUAGAGUCAUAGCUAUUGUAAUGCUUUAGAAUACUUCAACAUAUCUUUGUAAAAAAAGUGAGCGACUGGUGUUAUUGAGAAAAUAAAAUGUAAAACUAGAGAAAUUAUAUAGUGUAGGUACUUAUUUGUAGGUAGUACCGGCACUUGCAGACUGACCGAAAUAUGACCACGUUUUCUUUUAAAAAACAAAAAAAAGAAAAGUUAUAUUUACUAAUAUGUAUUUCCAAAACUGCAUUUUGCUCGAUGCUUUUUAGACGUUGUAGUCCAGUUGCUAAUUUAUACAAUUAAUUUUUAACGUUUCAUGUAUUUUAUAAAUACCUUCUCAAGUAAUCUGUGUAUAAAUAAAUGUCCUAAUAAAUUAUUUAUAAAUUAUAAAUCAUGCAUACACACUCUUAGUGCGACGGAGGGUAGAUCCACCACUUUGGUAAGUCUGCUGACCGCAUUGAUGCAUUUUAAUCGCGAUCUCAUUGUGAACUCAAAUCUUACCACAGAGUAAAAAAAUAACAGUAAGUAUAUUAUUGAAAUUUCUUCGUCUGGUGGAUCUAUACUCAAGUGACGUAUCGGCGAUAGGCCCUGAACGACAAACGUCUAGACUCAUAGCACCUACAAGCUAUUAUCAAGUUGCAAAUAGGUAUUAGAGUAGCUCUAGUUAUAAAUAUGAUGUGUCGUGUCAUGUCAAUAUAAAUAAUCAAUGUAAAUUAUUAAAUGUUUAUGUAAAUGUCCAAAAAGUAUUCAAAUUAUUUAAAAAAGAAAUUAUACUAAUUUUUCUUU